AUGGCCCUUCUGGCCAAUCAAAUCAUGGAUGCAAGAAUUCUCAGCAGCAUGAAUGGGAGAGUGGAGCUUUCUCAGUUCCUGAGAGUCACUAAUCAAAGUAUUGUCUCCCAGGUAAAUUCUGCACAAGAUGACAGCCGAAAGAACAGGAAGUAUCCUUGCCCGCUGUGUGGGAAGCGUUUCCGCUUCAACAGCAUCCUCUCACUUCAUAUGCGCACUCACACUGGUGAGAAGCCUUUCAAGUGCCCAUACUGUGACCACAGGGCUGCGCAAAAGGGAAACCUGAAGAUACACCUCCGCACGCACAAGCAAGGAAUUCUGGGCAAAGGCCGAGGGAGGAUUCGAGAGGAGAACAGGCUGCUUCACGAGCUCGAGGAGAGGGCGAUUCUCCGAGACCGGCAGAUCCGGGCCGCUCACGUCGGCCAGCAGCAGCCGCAGACGUCCAACGCAAACCAGCUUCCGAAGCCUUUCCUGCAGACGGUGUCCUCAGAGCCCGCGUUCUUAAGCAACUCCGCGGCCGGUGCGCAGCCACAUGCGUCCACCUCUCCCAAGAUCACCACCAUCCCAGAUGAGCCCGCCCAGUCCCAAACUACUGGAUUCCGCUGCUCUUUCUGCAAAGGCAAGUUCAGGAAGCAGCAGGAGCUCGAGCGCCACAUCAGGAUCCUACACAAACCCUACAAGUGCACUUUGUGCGAGUUUGCUGCCGCGCACGAGGAGGAGCUCAUCGGCCACGUAGAAAUGACUCACAUUACUGCCGAUUCAGGCACAGGACAGAAGCCAUCAGUGGGGGCUAGUGACAAGGGGAAAACCACUGGUGAAUUUCCUUGUGAGGUGUGCGGCCAAACCUUCAGCCAGGCCUGGUUCCUGAAGGGUCACAUGAGAAAACACAAAGACUCGUUCGAGCACUGCUGUCAGAUCUGCGGCCGCCGUUUCAAGGAGCCCUGGUUCCUCAAGAACCAUAUGAAAGUCCACCUCAACAAGCUGGCUGCUAAGAGCAACAUCCCCGCUGAGCGGGACUCCUCUGUCGACAUGAGCAGCCUGAUGCAGGACCACCAGAGUAAUCUUUACUCCCAGUAUAUCUCCCACAUCCACAACAGGUUCUUCACACCCGAGAGAGCAGAUCUGUCAGAUUAUAACCACAUGAUGGCCACAGCGGGGGCGGACAUGAAGGUCAGGGAGAUGCUAGGCAGGAUGAUUUCCUCGGGCCCGGGCCCUCUGACAGAUGCAGAGAGUUCCUCCUUGUUGGGCUUAAAUCACCUGCAGCCCUCACUGAGCUCCAGCGGCAUGGAGUACCUGCAGAAAGUCGUCUCCAACAGAGAGGCUCUCAGCAACAGCAGCAGCAGCGGCAGCAGCUAUGCGGGCUGGCAGAUCCUAGGACCUGGCCUGUCUAUGGAGCAGCAGAUAUUCAGCUCUAAAGACCAGCAGCAGCAGCAGCAGCAGCGCUCCUCCUUCCUGCCUGAGAGAUGCCUCCCCGCAGAUGAAGGCAAACUGAGUCUCGGCGACCCAGACUCUAAGGCCACCAGCAGACCGGGGAGCCCAGGGGGCGUGAGUCACCACGAGCCCAUGGCAGAAAUGAUCACAGAGGCAGGGAACUCCUUUUCUGGCAGCGCCAUCGACCAUCGACCACAGUCUUCCUCUCCGGCUACAGGUGAGAAAGUCUACAGGUGUCCACUCUCCAGCGACUACACCGCUGGACAGCCAGCUUCUCUCGGCUUCCAUCUGGACCGCUACCACUUCCCUCACUGGCCGAACAACAGAGACCUUUCAUCUCCUCUGCAGCCCAGCAGCAGCAGCAGCUCUAGCCCCAACCCUAAGCUCAGACCCAGAUCUAGGGAAGACUGGAGCCCGGCUGCAGGUCAGUACCUCGGUCUGGAAAGCCACGCUGAGAAAGCUCUGCUCGUCAGCAAGCAGGCUGACCUCACCGACAAAGAUCCGGGGGAAGAAGCCUCCUCAUCUGGUCAAACUAGGAAGUCCCAGUAUGAGCCUCUGGAUCUGUCUGUCAGGCCAGAAUCUGUUCCAGCUCAUUCAGCUAUGUCUCCCGCUGUCCUGGUGCAGAUGUCUGGCCUUUUUAGCAAUGGACUCUCGUCCUCCAUUAGCCGCCGGCUACAAAGUUACUCCAAUGCACCAGCUGAACUCAGUAUGAAACCCGCAUAUCAGUGUGACCUUUUGGUGCAGGGAACAAAAGAGGAAAUGAACUCUCAGAAUGCAGGCUCCAUAGGUCAUGAUGGGGAAGGCAAUUCUGAGAAAUCUGAGCAAGAGAGGGAGGACAGUAGUGAUGAUGAUGCUAAGUGGAAGAUGCUGAAAAACGAUGUCCUUGACUCGAUGGAGCUGGGACAGCCCAGCGUUGAUUUUGAGGGUCUUAGCGAGAAGAAGCAGAGCAAGCUCGGACAGUGGGAAGGCGCCGGGGCAGAAACUCCCAUCUCGUCUCUGGAGAGCUUGACUCCAGGGCAGGGAGAUCCGCUCCAGCAUCAGGGUGUCCUGCUCUCCUUUCUCCGAUCCCAUGGAAACCUGAACAGCACCCCGGCCCGUGCGCACAAGUCCAGUCUGAACGGUGGGGGAAACGUGGAGAAAGAUGUUGCAUCAGCUCGGAAGCCGUUCCAGUGCAGGUACUGUCCUUACAGUGCCUCUCAGAAGGGUAACCUGAAGACUCACGUCCUCUGUGUCCACCGCAAGCCCUUCGACAACAGUCUCUACCCUGACCGCCGCCUCCGACGGUCACACGCACCCCAGGUGCCCUCCAGAUUGCCACUGAGUGUCACGGGAGACAACCAUAUGUCAGGGAGAGACCAAAUCAGUGUGACAUCGCUGUGUGGGACUUGA